UGAUAGAAGUGAAUUUAUUUUUACCAAAAGAGUAUUCACCAGCUGGUAAUACUUCUGUACUUAUGUCAAGUUUCUUAGACAUAACUCAGUUCUCAUAGGGAGGCUCCAGUGUCCUCUUAAAGAGGUUUCGUAGACGAAGGAAAAUAAAAACUGAAGAGUGAGUGACGGGCAGUGUUGGGGAAAGAGACGACCGCUUUGUUUAGAAUCAGCAGAAGCAAAUCCACUUUAGUUGUUGGAUCUUCAUUAAAGUAAGAAGCAUACAUAUAUAUUCCUUUUAUUUGGUGGUUUGUACUAUAUAUCUUAAUUUUUGUGAACUACAGUUUUUAAUUCAGCGACCCAAAUAAUUUUUGUAUCUAAAGGAAGAACCCUAAAGUAAAAAAAGAAAAAGAGUCUUUCUAUACGGACAUAGCCAACUGUUGUGACUAUAGAAGAAGAACUAGUAUAGAGAAUCGUGGGGGUGGGCUACUCAUUACUUUGCUUAUGAAAUUCAUGAGAUUAUAAUUUUAAACCCUAGCUCUUAUCAAAGCUAUGAGAUUUAAUUAGUGUAUUAGAAUUUUAGAACUAUGAAGGACUUUAAAAAUCAUCUUUUAUGCUUCCCACUGUGUAGUUUAUGUAUCAUUCAUGAUAACUGAGUGGGCACACAUUAUCAUUUAUGUAUUUUAAUGUAAAUUAGAAAAAUCAAUAUAUUGAACAUGUAAUUUCAUAAAUAUCACUUAGGGCAAGGCUUAAAGUUACUUAAAUUUUUUAAAAUAUAAGUUCCUUAAAGUAUCAUAUUAAGUAUAUAUUAAGUAAAUUAUCAACUUGUUCAGCUAAAAUUACGAUUAUUGAACUAGGAUCAAAUCCCAGAUCCCCUCAUUUCUUGUCUAGUGCUCUUGUCAUUUCACACUGGGGUUGGUAAAGUUUGAUUUAGGGUAUAAAAAUCAAAAUGGCCAUUGCUUUAUAUAUCUUUCAGUAUGAGAACAUGACUGCAAAAUGUGCGAGAAAAAGCUGAGUUCAGAUCUGGUUCUGUCAUUGAUUUCCAUUAUGAUUGUGGAUAGAUUCUGUUGCACAUGGUCUGAAACAAAUACAUAUAUAGCUAAAGAGGACAGAAAAGUACUGUAAUUCACUGGGCUAAAGGCUUAAGGUUUGGGAAUUCUUCAGGGAUUACAUUGGAUACUCAUGACCUUUCCUUUGCUUGCAAUCUUCCGGUUGUGUUUGACCUAUUACCCUCCAGAUUAUCUAAUCUAGUAAUUUAAAAAAUGGAUUUAUUGCUCUGGCCAGUGUGUCUCAGUGGUUAGAAUGUUUACUCAUAAAGAAAGUUUAUGAGAAUACCAAAGAUAUAAAUGCUAUUGAGUUUUGUUUUUGUUGAUCACUCAUCCUCAUUUUAGUGAUUUUAUACAAUUUGUAUAUAUAUAUUUAGGUUGGCUAUGAUUUUGAAAGUGGAAACUCCCUAUUAAAAUGAAAUACUGAGAGAUGCAAAAAACAUCAUAGCACAGCACUCCUGUGCAGUUAUGUUAUUUAAUUUAGCCUAGAUGUUGUUAUAUGGUCAUUAACAAUAUUAAAAGGCAUAUGCCAAAUGUUCUGAAUAAUGAUAAAACCCACCUCUAAAAUACAUUUAUAGGCAAAAGUAGGCGGCUUUUUCUUAUACCAAUGUAAUACCUGUAGUACAUGUGGAAGAGAGUAGGCAGUAACCUGAGGCCUAGUUUUUCCUUGUUUAACUGGACUACAUAAGAUUGUCAUCAGAAAAUAUGGCCACUUGGCAUCACUCACUGUCCAACCCAGUUCCAUCCAGUUAUGUGCUGGAGCCAGCUCAUCCUGUUUCAUGAAGGGCGAUUGUUAACAUCUCUUCCCAACUCCAUAUUUAGAGAUGUCAUGUUGCUAACUUGAAGUCAGCCAUCUGUGAGUAUUUGCACUAAGGAAAUCAGCAAAUUAGAGCUUCCUUUUUCUUCUGAAGAGCUAGUUGAUAAUCAUUUACCAGCAAACCACUGGUGCCAUCCAUUCCAACCAUCUAACAAAUAUUUUUUGAAAUCUAGUAUGUGCCAGCUAAAUUUUGUGAUAAGCAGUGAGGGCACAAAGAUGAAAACAUAUAGUCUGUGCCAUGAAAUAGCUUACAGUUGUUUACUAAAAUAUGUGGGACAGUAAAAAUCUUAGUAUAUAGUUAAUUAUCUUUCCUAGUUGAGUUAGGUGGUCUGUGAUGGUGCUAGCAUCUUAAAAGAUCCUGAAGAAGUUCUAUUAGAAAAUGAAGUGGAACCUAGGAAAAUUGCAGUAGUUUUUUUUCUGGAAAAAGUGUAUUUUUUAAAUACACUGGAUUGGAAGCCUUUAUGCCUGACUGGGGUUAUUACAUAGCAAGCAACAUAUAUUUAUGCUAAUGUUUGUCUAGAAAGCAUUCCAGAUGACAGACUGUUGGGGAAGGGACUUUUAUUGUAACAGUAAUCAAACUUUGAGACUUUAGAGAACCUGUAUAAUUAGAAGUAGAAGAAUGAAUUACUGAACCAUUAAAAGCUGAAAUUGUUUGGUUCAACAUAAAUAUUCCAUGAGUACCCAAAUGAGUUAGGCUAGCUGCACUAGACUGGCUGCAGGAAGUACAAUGGUGAGCAUGUGUCGGGAUGCCAGUUAGAGGCAGAUACCUUGGGAAGGGGAGGUUUAAAGAUGGCUUCGCUUCUAGCCUGUUGCCAAGUCUGUCUCAGACUUGGAACUCAGGCUGUACUUUUAUCUAGGUUUUUUUUUCUGGUCUCUUAAAUAUUCCUUACAGGGAAUGCAACAUACUUCCUGAACUGCCAAGAAAUAUGCUUCCCCUCUUAAUAAGACCAGCAGUGUGAGUGCUUCUCAGAAUCAUUGUGCGUACUUUUGGGUAUGAGCUAUAGUUGGGAACUCUUACUGGUGUGACACAGUAGUAAUAGGCUUAAAGUAUUUUGUUGUGCCAUGUGACUCAGCCAGGUGAGUUAUUUUGUGAAGAUUUUUAGUGGUGGGUUAAUUCAGCCUCCACCAAAUUUCAUUUAUGCUAAACCUUUAGUUGAAUAAUAUAACUAUUUAGGACAUUAUACAAGAUAACUUCUAAUUGCAUAAACAUAACCAUAGAGUCAAAUAAAAAUGCUUUCAUGCAAAGCCUAGGGGAUUUUUCAUUUUUGUGUGACUCUCAGGAAUCAUUAAACUUUUCAAAAGCAUGUGUUGGACCAGCUUGCUGAAUAAAUAAGGCCCUGGGGUUAAACAUUGUCAUGUACUUGCCUCAGGGGUGUUCCCACCUCUCUUCAUACACUUCUCUUGUGCCUGGGAACAACCACCUGUCAUUCCUACUUCCUUUCCUAGCACUGGAGCUCUUAUAAGUCUGAAAGGUACCUGUGCAGUGAUCAGCAUCUUCACUGGAAGAUACCCCUAUACUUAGGGCCAAACCUUAUAUUGAUUCAGACAACCUCUUGAUUAAUCCCUUAACUCAGUGUCAUUUUAAACACAGACCUGAAAAUGUUUGUUAUUUGCAGGCUUGAUUAGGAAAUGGGAGUGCAAGGGAGUUCUUUUAAAAGGAAGGCAAAACAGGGAGUGUGGUGAUAUGACUGCACAGAGACUUCUUAACCCUGAGUGAUCUGAAGAAUAAGUUCAAGAUUUCUUUGAUUACUUGACGGAAAGAAGAACCACUACAUUGACUCUUGAGUGGUCAUAGCAAAUGACAGAAGUCCCUUGGUGGGUAAAAUCCACUGGGAGAAAAUGGUGAAGAAGGUGUCCAGGUUUGGAAUACGGACAGGCACUUUUAACUGUUCCAGUGACCCCAGAUACUGCAAGAGAAGAGGCUGGGUACGAUCCACACUCAUCAUGUCUGUUCCACAAACAAGUACUUCUAAAGGGAAGGUCAUGCUUAAAGAAUACAGUGGGCGCAAGACUGAAGUAGAGCACAUUUUUAAGUGGAUAACUACUCACGCAGCUUCUCGGAUCAAAACCAUUUAUAAUGCUGAACAUUUAAAAGAAGAAUGGAAUAAAAGUGAUCAGUAUUGGGUAAAAAUAUACCUGUUUGCAAACCUUGACCAACCCCCAGCUUUCUUCUCUGCACUAAGUAUAAAGUUUACUGGAAGAGUUGAGUUUAUUUUUGUUAAUGUGGAAAAUUGGGACAACAGGAGUUAUAUGACAGAUAUUGGUGUAUAUAACAUGCCAUCAUACAUACUUAGAACUCCUGAAGGAAUUUACAGAUACGGAAAUCACACAGGUGAAUUUAUAUCCCUUCAGGCCAUGGAUUCAUUUUUGCGCUCAUUACAACCUGAAGUAAACGAUUUGUUUGUUUUGAGCUUGGUUCUAGUUAAUCUUAUGGCUUGGAUGGACUUAUUUAUCACACAAGGAGCGACCAUAAAGAGAUUUGUGGUUCUCAUAAGCACUUUAGGAACGUAUAAUUCUCUAUUAAUUAUUUCCUGGCUACCAGUGUUGGGCUUUUUACAGCUCCCUUACUUAGAUAGCUUUUAUGAAUAUAGCUUAAAAUUGUUGAGAUACUCCAAUACGACCACACUGGCUUCAUGGGUAAGAGCGGACUGGAUGUUUUAUUCUUCACACCCAGCCCUAUUUCUCAGUACAUACCUUGGACAUGGUUUACUAAUUGAUUAUUUCGAGAAGAAGAGACGUCGCAACAACAACAAUGAUGAAGUCAAUGCCAAUAACUUAGAGUGGUUAUCAAGUCUGUGGGACUGGUACACCAGCUACCUCUUCCACCCGAUUGCUUCUUUUCAGAACUUCCCUGUGGAAUCUGAUUGGGAUGAAGACCCUGACUUAUACUUGGAGAGAUUAGCUUUCCCUGACCUUUGGCUUCACCCUUUGAUACCAACUGAUUAUAUAAAGAACUUGCCAAUGUGGCAAUUUAAGUGUCUGGGAAUCCAGUCUGAAGAGGAAAUGUCGGAGGGUUCUCAUGAUACUGAAAAUGACUCGGACUUCGAGAGCACAGACACUUUUAGCAGUGAGAAGGAAGUAUUUGAAGAUAAACAAAGCAUAGAUCACAAUUCUCUAGGAAGAGCAAGUCACUGUGGUGCUGAGGCUUGUUCAUGUGCCAAUAAUUAUUGUCAGACAAGCCUAUUUGAAAGGAAGGGGAGGUCAUAUGGGUCAUAUAACACUAAUGAAGAUAUGGAGCCUGAUUGGUUAACUUGGCCUGCUGAUAUGCUGCACUGUACUGAAUGUGUUGUUUGUCUAGAGAAUUUUGAAAAUGGAUGUUUGCUAAUGGGGUUGCCUUGUGGUCAUGUGUUCCAUCAGAAUUGCAUUGCGAUGUGGUUGGCUGGGGGCCGACACUGUUGCCCUGUUUGCCGGUGGCCUUCUUAUAAAAAAAAGCAGCCAUAUGCACAGCAUCAGCCCUUGUCCAAUGAUGUCCUAUCUUAACCAUGUGCAAUUUGUUCUUUAUAAGCUUUGAGUAUCCUCAGCUUGCCUUUUUAAUGUUAGUCACAAUGUUUUUGUGGUUUGAAGUUUAGUUUAAUGUUAGUGCAGUGACAGGAAAUACACAUUAUGCUAAUGUUGAUGACAAUUAUUUGGUUGCCUUGUGUCAAUUGAAUGCAUACUUAAUUGUAAAGAUUUUUAUUUACAACAUUGGCAAUUGACAAGUUAAUGUUUUUUGUAAGCACAAAAGAAGUAUGAUAGAAAUUUAUCCUAGCAGGACUUUAUAAAGUAGGAUCAAAUUCUAAUGGAAUUGAGGCAGUUUCUUAUCCUAAAUGUUUCCUCCCUUUUUACAAUCUCUGUCCAGCAUCUCUUGGUUAAAUAAUGUAUGCUCUGAGACAUGAAAUUAAAACAGAUCUAUGAAAUAAAUUAUUUUAAAACCAGAAGAUUACAGCCUUUCCAAUGUUAAAUUGUUUUUGAUAAGGUGUCUGAAUUCUAUAGGUGUUUUAUUGAUUUGUUAGUUUCACAGAUAAGUCAAACAUGAUUCUUGACUCAUAGGGGAGGGGUAAAAAAGACAAAAAUUAUGUUGCUUACAGUGGCCAGAGGUGACAUUAGUCUAUCUUUUAAGUUGGUUAGCAUUAAUGGGAAGGAAUUUUAUGGUGGGCUUUUUUAAAGUGUUAAAUAAUUUAUGAGUAUUUACAUAUUCAUAUAAAUAAAAUCAACUAUAGCAAUUAGACACAUAUAGUUUAUUUUAUAUCUUUUUCUUGGCUUUUUAUUUUGAAAAAUUUCAAAACUAUAGAGAUGUUGGAAACACAAUACUAUGAACAUUCAUUUAUCUACUUCACCAAGCAUUUACAUUCUUU